AUGGUCCAGGUAAUACUGAACCAUGAUCGUCUAGCCAUGGCCUACCGAGGCCAUUCUAUUGAAGUCAUGAGGGAACUCAGAGAAGAACAUGAGGUUAAUCGAAUAAAAGACAUGGAGAAGGAGAAACUAGCUGAAAUUGAGAUGAAAGAAGAGCUGUUCUCUACAUUUUGUCAGUUUCUUUCUGACUUUGACAGGCAUUAUAGUACAAGAGAGAAAACAGACCUGUUUGAAGUGAAAGUAAAAGAUGUCCCUUGUUACUUUGAGUCCUUUCACAGUAAGAUGGACUACCAUCCAGCACUGAAUGCUUUGAAGGAAUCAUGGGGUAUAUGGCUAAUACUUCACACAGAUCAGAUUAACGUACACAAUGACCUUACAGAACUGAAAGAAAACCUCAUCCAACACUUGCAGGACAAAAGUCGUAAACUUUUACAAGGUCACAGUGAAAACCUUUAUGACCACAUACAGCAGGCUUUAGGAAGAACUGCCUUGCACCUUCAAAACAAAACCAGAUGUGACUAUGGAGCAAAAACCUACUGGAAAAAAGUCUCUGAAUCAGACAACUACUUUAGAGCUGUUGCACUGUAUAAUCAGGCCUACAUUACAAUCAACAUGGCCAGAGAGGGCUACAAAAGUGAAGCAUGUUCCUUACUCAAGGAGGCAGAGAAAGCCAUAGAUGUUUAUGUAUCAGAAACAACCAGAACACUGAGCUUCUGUUCUUUGUCUGUUACUCCAGAUUUUGAACCACACCACAGUGGCAGCUGUAACUUCCAAACACAAAUGCAGGCAAGGAUGAACAUAUUUAACUCAUGGAAAGAAAAUAUCACAAAAAUACUUGACUUGCUUGGAUCGGGCAAUGGAGACUUCAGAACCGAGGAGCUGACACUUUACAGCUUAUCAACUGAGGAGGAUUUUGUGUCUUCUAGUGAACUCGGUCUCUUUCGUAAUUAUGGCCUCGCUGUUGUGUUUGAAGUGAAACAAAAGCCCAAAUUCUCAUUUGAUGCCCUGAUUUGUUGUUUUCUUGGUGUGAUUCAGGUUGUAGCAGGAGUUCUGAUAUGUGGUCUGUCAGCUGGUUCCAUGUCCUCAUUUGGUCUUGGCUUGAUCUCAGAAGGUGUGUCUGACAUGAUCUAUGGAGUCAUGGGUAUGAUAAAUGGUACAUUUGAUUGGGCAUCAUGGGCAAUAUCUAAAGCAAUAAGUAUAGGAAUUUCCUUGGCCUGUGGGGGAUUCCGUGUUCUCAAAAGAUCAUUCUCCUCUGUGAAAAAUGCUGCAAGUAAUAUCCUCAAUGGCACCAAAUCCCUGAAAAGUGUUGCAUCUAGUGCCCUCAGGUCAGGCAAAAACUUGUUUGUUUCGACAUGUAAAUCAGCCAAAUCACUAGUGUUCUCAAUAAGUGUAGAGAACAUCACAAAGACCACGGGUAAACUGAAUUUAAAAUAUGCAUGUAAAUAUGCUUUUCAGGAAUUGGCAGUUCAAGGGGUAAACACUGCUGUGAACAAAUACAUCAAUUCUAAAGGUCAAAAGACAUUCCAGCAAGGAUUUCGACAUACCUUCAAGGAAUCUGUCCAUUCAACAUUACAACAAAAUAAAGAGUUUGUCCGAACACUCACAGAUUUCAUCAGCUCAGGAAUUCCAAAGACCGCCUUGCAGAAGAAAUCUGGUUCUUACAAGAUUAGCAAAACCCUAGAGAAGAAAAUGAUGGACCAUAUGAUUUUUAAUACGAACUUUGUCAUGAAUGAUCUCAUGGUAGACUGUAAACAGAUUCAUCAGGUGAUUAACACACUCUCACAGGUGUGGGACAAAUCAGCAGAGUUUGUUGCGCACCGCUCCCAUGCCUGUAUUAGGAUGCUUAUGACUACUGCAAGCAUGUCCACCACCAUUUAUGAAAUGUACAAAUCCAUUCCUACUAAACAGACCAUUGACAGUAAUUUUGUUCCUGCAUUUUUGAAGUCCUUGGGUGAGGAACCUUUAUUUGAGACAUAUGACAAUGAUGGAAGGGACAAACUGGAAGAUGUGGAACGUCUUAAAGAUGAACUCAUUGACGUAAUUUCAGAAAUUAUUUCCCAAACCAUGGUGGACAGUUUUUCUGGGUCUGCCUCCUCCAUGUUUACAAAAACAUUCACUCAGCGACUAAACUCUGUUACUGGAAAAGUAGUUGGUAAUUUACUGGGAAGACACAAAACCCAGAGUUUCUUUGACAGUCAGCAGCAUCAUUAUGAUCUGAAAUCUGCCACUGAAUGCAAGGAAAGAUCUCUGACUGAAGGAGAACUAAAUGAACUCAAAAGCUACGCUGACAAAAUAACUGAUGAACAAAAUCCAGCAACAGGUGUCGAUGUCCGUGUCCUUACAGAAGUUGACGUGUUGGAUGGAAAAGGAAUUUGUCUGACUGUAGUAGAUGAUAAAGGAAAUUUUCUCACAGAGGAGACCUACCCAGGAACUGACCCAGCAGCUGGUACUAUCAAACUUGUGCUGACAAAAACACCUCAGACUUCUUCCGGAAAAGGAGGAUUAUGGAGCAAACUGAAAGACCAGGUUAUGGCUAAAGACACACCACAGAGUGGCCACAUUGACAGUAUUCGCCCUGAUGGCUCACAGGAAAUUGUGAACUGUCUGUUUCAUGCAGUUGUCCAAGCAACAACUAAUGACCCAAAUGUUGAUCUUAAACAAAAAGCUGUAGAACUCCGCCACAAAGUCAGUGAAAAGAUUCGUACAAAUCCGUAUAAAUAUGCAGAAGCUGUGAAGAUCCAGAACAAAUUCGACAAAAACACCUCCAAUCAAUUCAAAAUUGAGGAUGCAAUAAAGAAAAGUGAUAAGGAAAAGUUUAUAGAAUAUAAAAAAAAGAAUAAAAAUGAUGAAGACAAAAUUUCUAAAGAAUACACGCUGGGAGAAGCGGGAAGAUACAGAGACCUUAUAAAAAAAAAGAAACCCACCCCUGGAGUGGUCGACGCAGACCACAUUCCACCAAAGAAAAGUUUACAGGAUCUCUGUGAUGAACUCAAAAGUAAUAAAGAAAUGGUGGAGUCAUUCGAAACAAAGAAUGAAGCACUCUUUAACUUAGUGAAGAACACAAAUGAUAACAUGAUGUUUGCCAUGAACGUUCUGCGCUGUGACCAUCAACGUGCAGCGACUACUGGCAGCAGUCAUGUAUCCAGAGCUUGCAGAAAAUUGCUGACAAAGACAUUUAUUGAGGGAGAUGUGGUGAAAGGACUGAAGCUGUCAUUUAUAAUGGCCCACCCGGAAACCUCGGACCACAUCUUUAUUAUUCUAGAUCGAACCCGUAAAUAUAGCAAUAUAGAUUAUGGACUGACAGCAGAAAGUACUAGGAAAUACUACGAAAAAGGAUUUUUGAAACUUAUAAAUGAAUACGAAAAGAUCAACGUGCUCAACAAAGAUGAAGCAGAAGAACUGAGGAACUGGGUGAAAAAUAAGGGAUAUUUGUUGGAAAAUGCAGAGAAGUUUAUAAAUGAAAUAAUUGAGUUUUACUACAAUUGGCUUAACACCAGGACCUAAAAAUCUCGCAGACGCGGCCAGUGAUCAAUUCCCAGACAAGGAAACACUGACAGAAAAUUAGGGGUUAACUACCAGUCAUGGUCCUAAACUCAGACAAAACAGAGAUACAUUCAGAAAAAAAUAAAAAUCACUUGAAAAAAAUAGAUUAACAUGUACUGCUAAUAUAUGUGGAGUAACCAACCCAAAUAUUAGCACCUAGCUAACUAAUCAAAUAAAGUCGUUUUGAAGAAAAGAAUAAUUCACUUGUUCAGAGAGAGGGUGAGUUUUACAGAUAAAAUCAAUAUUUAAUCGUUGUAGUGCUAUCUGUUAGCUGGAGAAUAUUAAAAGAUAGAAAUAUAGAAAUUAUUUGUAUGAUUAAUCUCUAACUUUCUGUCUGCUCCAUUAUUACUUUAUAUUAUUAUAUAUCUACACAUCUAACCAAUAAUCAUGUCCUAAUAUUAGACAAACAUUACACAUGUCCUUAAUGAAACUAAGAGGAAGUGACCAUAUAUAUAUAUAAUAUAUAUACAAAAACAUAAUGUAUGACUUUAUGUGUCCAUCCCACUGGGGAAGGUAUUGCUCUCAUUUCUUGCAGCAUAGACAGACAGACAGACAGACAGACAGACAGACAGACAGACAGAUAGAUAGAUAGAUAGAUAGAUAGAUAGAUAGAUAGAUAGAGAGAUAGAUAGAUAGAUAGAUAGAUAGAUAGAUAGAUAGAUAGAUAGAUAGAUAGAUAGAUAGAUAGAUAGAUAGAUAGAUAGAUAGAUAGAUACUUUAUUCAUCCCUCACUAAUAAUGGGGUGUCAGAUCAGUGGACAGUUCCGUGUGAGCAGGCGUUCUGUGUGUUCUGCUUUGUGUUUCCACUGUCAAACUAUCUGAAACUUCUAUCCAUCAGUCCCUGAUUCAACAGGCAAAGGAAGCCACCUGAGCUCACAAAGAACCUGUGAAGCCUGAGAACCUGCUCAAGACAGGUGACUGGUUCUGUGUGAAGGUUCACAAGCGAAAGUGGUGCUGAGUCAAAGGUUCAAGGAGCAUACAUGGUGAUUCUAGCAACCAGGUACAGCAGAUAAAGCAGACAGACUGAGACUGUGUGUCCACCUCAGUCACUGAAAGUCCUGGUAGGUCUCUGAAUGAGGUCAUCGAGCACUGAGAGGACAGAACGAAGUAGAACUGACCUCUCCUCUGACUUCCAGUCCACCAACAAUGUGGUGUAAGAUUAAGGUGUAAGAUAGUGUGGUGUGAGGGCAGAAGAAUUAAUUGAAGACGCAGUAGAGAGGAGUAGAGGAGUUAUUUAGAGAGAGUCAUUUAGAGUGGGUUCAUUCAGAAAGUCAUUUAGAAAGGAGUUAUUCAGAGGGACUCAUUUAAAGAGGAGUUAUUUAAAAAAAAAAAAAAGGAGUCAUUCAGAGAGAGUCAUUUAGAAAGGAGUCAAUUAGAAAGUGUUCAUUCAGAGAGAGUCAUUUAAAAA